GCAUUAUAGACUAAAGAAAGAAACACACAACAACAAUAACAACAGCAGCAGAUGGACUGACUGGCACAUCAGACAGACACAUAUCAACUCUCUGACGACCAGCCGGCGCCUCACAUAAAUGGCUGACAAGCAGAUCAGUUUGCCUGCCAAAUUGAUAAAUGGUGGGAUCGCAGGGCUGAUCGGCGUGAGCUGUGUGUUUCCCAUUGACCUGGCCAAGACCCGCCUGCAGAACCAGCAAAAUGGAUCACGACUCUACACCAGCAUGUCCGACUGUCUUAUCAAGACCAUCCGCUCAGAGGGAUACUUCGGGAUGUACAGAGGGUCUGCGGUGAACUUAACCCUGGUCACUCCAGAGAAAGCCAUCAAGCUAGCAGCAAAUGACUUCUUCAGACAAUACCUCUCCAAGGAUGGUCAGAAGCUCACCCUGGUCAAAGAGAUGCUGGCGGGGUGUGGGGCAGGUACAUGUCAGGUUAUCGUCACGACUCCUAUGGAGAUGUUGAAGAUUCAGCUUCAAGAUGCUGGGAGAAUUGAGGCCCAGAGGAAGCUGAUGCCAGAGACGGUAGUACCGGGGACCGCGCCGACCAAGUCCCCCACCGCCAUGCAACUGACCAGGGAACUGCUUAAGGAGAAGGGAAUCGCUGGGCUGUACAAGGGCCUGGGGGCCACACUGCUCAGGGAUGUUCCGUUCUCCAUCAUCUACUUCCCUCUGUUUGCCAACCUGAACGACCUGGGGAAGAGAGGAGCGGAGGGCCCCGCUCCGUUCUAUGUCUCAUUCCUGGCAGGCUGUCUGGCUGGCAGCACGGCCGCCGUGGCUGUCAACCCUGUAGAUGUGAUAAAGACCAGAAUCCAGUCUAUGAACAGAGGGAGUACAGAGGAAACCUACAGCGGGGUGACUGACUGUAUCAGUAAAAUCAUGAAGAACGAGGGUCCCUCUGCGUUCCUGAAGGGGGCGUACUGCCGUGCCCUGGUCAUCGCGCCCUUAUUUGGUAUCGCCCAGGUGGUCUACUUCUUCGGGGUGGGAGAAUACAUCCUCAGCUUCCUGCCUGGCAACUGAGAACAUCAACCAAUCGGAUCUCUGCCUUUCCCUCUCUCACGACCACGUCACGCACAGCACACCGAAAGACACUGGGAUCACCUCUCGUCAUGAAAUAAGGUUUUGAUUGGUUGAACGACGAUCGUUGUCGUCGGCGAGUUAAAGUAUGACUACCACCCAUUUAGGAUAGUUUUUCCUUUGACCCCCUUUUGGCUUAAGAGCACCCCCUAGAGGCAACAACGUUGUGUUCAGCCUCUUCCAUUGUCCUUGUUGUGUUGAAUGUAAUGCUAUGGUUGUGAGCACAGUAGUAAGAGUACUUAGGAGAGAGAUGUGUUGAUGGCAAAGCAACAUUCCAGUGGAAUUAAUGCCACAAAUACCAUGUUCUCAAACGAUGAUGAUUAUCUUAUUUUUUUUUAAUAUACAUAUAUUUUUGUUUUGAUAUGGGCCGUGAAUUACAGGGUAGAUCUAUUGUCUGAGUACAUGGUAGUUAUCUCCGUUAACCUCCAUAGUGUCAGAAUGAUCAUGCGAAUGACAACUAUUGCCUAUAAAUCACAUUUAAUAUUAAUGACUUAUCUUGUAAUAAUAUAACAAUGUUUU